UUGCAAAAAAGUCAAGUCUUUUUGUUUGUUAGCGAAAAGUGAAUUAUCGAAGCGGCGUUUCGUUGCAAUUGAAAAACAUUUAAUUUCAGUUUAAUAAAAAACGAAAGAAUAAAUUUUCAAAUAAUAGUUCAUUCAACUAUUCACCAACAUGUCUGACAAUGAUGAUGAUUUCAUGUGCGAGGAUGAUGAGGACUACGGAUUAGAAUACUCUGAAGAUAGCAAUUCCGAACCUGAUGUUGAUCUCGAAAAUCAAUAUUACAAUAGCAAAGCCCUAAAAGAAGAUGAACCAAAAGCUGCUUUGGCUUCGUUUCAAAAAGUCCUUGAUCUUGAAAAUGGCGAAAAAGGUGAAUGGGGUUUUAAGGCUUUGAAACAAAUGAUCAAGAUAAACUUUAAGCUGAAUAACUAUGAAGAGAUGAUGGUUCGAUAUAAGCAACUUCUUACUUACAUUAAAAGCGCUGUCACCCGCAAUCAUUCGGAGAAGUCAAUCAAUUCAAUCCUAGAUUAUAUAUCCACAUCGAAAAAUAUGGAACUCCUUCAAAAUUUCUACGAAACAACAUUGGAUGCUUUGAAAGAUGCCAAAAAUGAUCGUUUAUGGUUUAAAACAAACACCAAACUGGGUAAACUCUAUUUCGACCGCAAUGACUUUGGUAAAUUACAAAAAAUCCUCAAACAACUUCAUCAAUCUUGUCAGACCGAUGAUGGUGAAGAUGAUCUUAAGAAAGGAACUCAACUACUUGAGAUUUAUGCUCUGGAAAUUCAAAUGUACACUGUACAAAAGAAUAACAAGAAACUUAAAGCUCUCUAUGAACAAUCCCUGCACAUCAAAUCAGCCAUACCGCAUCCCCUGAUUAUGGGUGUUAUUCGAGAAUGCGGCGGGAAGAUGCAUUUGCGAGAGGGUGAAUUCGAAAAAGCACACACCGAUUUCUUUGAGGCUUUUAAGAACUACGAUGAAUCGGGCUCACCUAGACGAACUACCUGUUUGAAGUAUCUUGUCUUGGCUAAUAUGUUAAUGAAAUCGGGCAUAAAUCCUUUCGACUCACAAGAAGCUAAACCAUAUAAAAAUGAUCCUGAAAUUCUAGCAAUGACUAAUUUGGUUGUUUCGUAUCAAAAUAAUGAUAUCAAUGAAUUUGAAUCAAUUCUACGAAUUAAUCGCAAUAAUAUUAUGGCCGAUCCAUUUAUUCGGGAGCAUAUUGAAGACUUGCUACGAAACAUCCGUACGCAGGUGUUGAUUAAAUUGAUACGACCAUACAAGAAUAUUGCAAUACCUUUUAUUGCGAAUGCUUUAAAUAUUGAACCGGCUGAAGUUGAGAGUUUAUUGGUGUCAUGCAUCCUAGAUAACACAAUUCAAGGUAGAAUCGAUCAGGUAAAUCAAGUUCUCCAAUUGGAUAAGGAAAAUAGUUGUGCAGCUCGUUACAAUGCCAAGGAUAAAUGGUCGAAUCAAAUUCAAUCCCUGCAAUUGGCUGUCAUCAAUAAAAUGGCUUAAAGCCGUUUAUGUUAUUAAUUUUAUAAAAACAAAGAAUAGAAAAGCCUGCUUUUUUUUCGUACGAUCAGCAAAUAAUUUUAAAGCUAGCAAAAAAAUA